GUAAACAACUCUGUGUAGCGUGCACAAAGUGUUCGGACGCGUCGUCGCGUAUAACCGUCGCGUACAUCGUCAUGUGUACCAUCGUGUCGAUUACUCCACGAUCGCGUCGUGUGAUCCUCGAGAGUGCUGGGCGAAUCAGGGCAGAUCAGAUCGGAAGCACAACUUUCAGUAAUAUGGCAGGUUCUCUAUGUCGCGAACGAACGAAAUUUCGUCGCGUUUGUAUCGGCGUCUUGGAUGGUACAGUGCUCGCUUCAUCCUCGAAGAGACGUCAUCGCCGAGCGAAGGAAGACGAGGAAGAUGAGUAGAAGGAAGCAGCAGCAGCGGUUAGCGUCGAGGCGGGAGUGCAAGAAGCAGCAUCUUAUCCUAGAGAACAGCGGGAGAAGGAAAUAUGGGAAAGGGGGACAAGAGAGGCAUCGCGCAUCGCAGCGAUGCCAGCACUAACCUUGUGGGAAAAUUCACGCAGAGCGUCCGAAGGAUCGUCCAGGACGUGAAGGACGAAGGAACUUCGAGUGGACAGACGAAGGAGGAGGUGAUCGAGACGAACGAGAGACUGAGAGUCGUAAGGAUACGCCUGGACGGGAGCUACGAGACCGCCAAGAGGGCUCUCGUCGAAUUGAUGUGCAAGUACACCGACAGCAAACAAGUGCGCAACGUGUUUCAGCGUUACAACCUCCUCAAAGUUAUGAUCAAGGACGUGAUUAAGCUUGAGACGCAGUACUGGACAUUGGUGGAUAUACCGCGGCAAGAGAAGCAGGAGACCGUGCCAGCCUUCGUGUUGCGUGCCUGCUCCAUCAUGGAGAAGACACACAAAAGUGGCGAAGGCGUGAAAACUUCGGCGCGCCUCGCCGAAGAGGCCGAGACCAAGCGGGAGCGCAUCGAAAGACUGGAGAAUAUGACCACGGCGCAGAUCGAAGCGGAGAACACCCAGAUGACCAAUGAUCUAUACAGGUUGUUGAAGAAAUAUACGGGUCUCAGGAAUCUCAUCAGGGACUUGAAGGAGGAGUACAACAGCUCGAAGGUGUACCCAAUGUUUCCACGUUACACGAUACUGAAGGACAUGAUAAAGGACAUAAUGCACAACCCGGACUAUAUGGAGGUCUGUCACGAGGUGGACCAAGCAUAGCGGCCCGACCCCCUCCACCGUUCGCCACGCAUGACCUUGUAAAUUCCUCAAGGUCCCCGCGUGGUCGUCGGUGAAGGGGGUGAUCCAGAGAAAAUCAUGCAGCUUGAACUCAUUUCACGCUGGACGGCGAUCGGCCGUCCCGUUACGAUUCCUUUGCGUCUUCGUUCUCGCCCUGAGUUUCCCCUGCGAACAGCUCCCAGAGCAACGCCGCCGUCGUCGUCGUCCUUUAGUUCGCAUCUCACGGCGACCGUGGAGCGGCGAGUCAACGCGACUUUUCGCGGCCUCCCCC